ACACCUCAUAAAAAAGUGAAUAAAAUAAAUAAACGGCGGUUUUUGUUGUGUCGCGGGAAAGCAACUAAUAAUUCCUAAAUAAAGGAACAACAAAAUAGAUAAACAAUGAAUGUAUCUGGUUUUGCAUCGAGUUCAUUUUCGGAAAAAAGUGUAAAUGAGCCGGCGAAAAUAGUUGUUUUGCCGGACAAAUGCUUCGAAAAACGUGUAGGAUGCGUAUUCAGGCGUGGAAAUCAAUUUACUGUAUACCCAAGAAGCCAAACCACAACCAAGGCCGCAUCCGAAACCUGUGAUAAUGUGAUACUGAACGUCCGCCAGGAGAUCAUGCUGUUCUCCCCCAUCCUGCGCAAGCUGGUCAACGAGUCCAACGGCACCUACCUGUCCCUACAGAAAGCUGCGGAAGCGGCCAGGAACAGCGACAACCACGUCGAGCUCCUGAAGCUGUCCCGCCAGUACCGCAGCAUCGUCCGCGUCUGCAUCGAGAGCCUGCAGGAGGCUGCCGAGCUCGCGUCCGACGCCACCCAGAAGAACAAUCUCCUCUCCUACAUCACCAUAUUCUACUCCAUCGAGUGCAUUUGGCAUUUGUGCGAGAUAUUGUUCAUAGACAACAUUCCCGGCGAUGUGGUGUUGCCAUAUUUACUAGAAUGGGUUCGCUUCCACUUUCCGUGCCACGAACAGACGGCCGCCCAGCUGCUGGAGGCGUGCGAGAGAGGCUCUGAGUCUCACGCCGAGUACUGGGACACGGUGACAGGCAUGAUAGUCCAAGGGAGAGUAGAUGUCGCAAGGGCUCUGUUGAAACUGCACUCGGCAGUGGAUAGCAAUGAGUUUAAACUGAUGGAUAAUUCAUUGAGGAGCAUGCCAGUUUACAGCGUGUAUGGCGGGAUAUCGACAGGAGAGUUCACAAUCAGCUGGAAGCACUGGCAGGCAGAGUGCCGCUCCAAACUCGCCAGCCGCGCGCUCGCCGCGCACCCGCACCUCGAGCUCAUACUCAGACUAAUAAUCGGUGACUACUCUGCCUUCGAGUCCAUCCGGGACAAGUACGACUCGUGGUUCGAUCUGCUGGGCGGCUGGGUCCUCUUCACGGCGCCGUGGGCCAAGCGCCACGAGCUCGCCAGCGCCGCCGCCGCCUGCGCCGGCAUGCGACACCGCAGCCCCCGGCAUACCGCGCUCGAUGAUAUGGUUAGAGCGCUGACUGAGGGGGAUUUGCAUCAGGUGAUCCACGACAUCCAGCAGAUGUCUGACAGCGGCUGGCUCGCGGCGCACCUCACCGACAUGCUGUUCCACUGCGGCAAGCUCAACAUACUGGACAGCCAUCAGAACAAUGUAACCCACGUCCUCCGUGAAAGCUUAAUCCUGGAGUAUGGCUCCCUGCUUAUGGAGCACAAGUCUCUGUGGACAGUGGGGCUCUCCUACCUGGCCAGCUGUCCCCCCGAGGGCCUGCAGCGGGCCGAGCUGCUGCUGGAGAGGCUCCCGGUGCCCAGCGAGGCCAAGGCCAUGAGGGUCAUUACUGAAGCCAAGAAGUAUGGACUUGUUGGUGUUGCUCAAACAGUGUGCGCAAUAAAGAGCGCCUUCCACCUGUCAGGCAAUCGCAUCGGGUCGGCCCUGGCCUGGGCAGUGCGCGGGGGCAGCGCGCGCGCGGCGCGGCGGGCGGCGCAGCGCGCGCUGCUGCAGUACACGCGCGAGGGCACGCUGCCCGCCGCCGACGCGCUGCUGACCAUCGGGCCGCACAUGCUGCUCGCCGAUCAGCUGGUGUUCUUGGCUAAAUACUGCGAGUUCCACCGACUGUACAAGAACAGGGAUUUCAAGGCAGCAGGAAAGUUGCUGAUCUCAUUGUUGACAUCCAAAAUAACGCCUGACUAUUUCUGGGAAACGCUCCUCUUGGACACGCUGCCGUUACUAGAGUCGGACACAGUGAUCUUCUCCGCGGAGGAGACGUGCGACACCAUGGCCCUGCUGGCCCACAAGGGACGCUCACUCAGUGAGGAGAAGACCGAGCUACUGAGACUCGCACUAGUCAGGAAUCUGGCCCGAGCCUCGCUGGCGCCCAGUGAAGAGUGAUGAAUGGAUGCCAAUGUUAAAAGUUGCAUAAACUAGCCAGUGCUAUGUUUGAUUGGAGCAACCCUAUGGCCCAGUUUUUGGAAUAAAGUCCAAGCUUCCACCACUGUUUUUCAACAUGGAUUUGUGGUUAUGUGGAUGAUGUGGAGUGAGGUUUGUUUGAUCAAUGAAGAAUAUCAAUAUUGAUGCUAGACUAGUAUAUCAUUGUUUUAAUAAUACCUUCUUCCAUGGUCGUUUUGUUCGUCUUUGAUUUUUAAAGUUAUAUUUUUGUAGGACAUCUUCUUUCUGUUUAGUUUAGUUAUAUGGAGAGCAUAGAUGAAAUAUUUCUGUGAAUUUUUUAGUUAUGAUUGGUUGAUGCUUUUUAAACUGAUGAAUGCUUUAAUACCUAAUGUAUCUCAAAAGCCUGGUUUUAUGAAGCUUUCACAAGAUUUUACAGCUGGCUCUGAGUUAAUCACUUGGUUAUGCAAGUAGGUACAGCACAAUUAAAUUGUGCAAAUGUUAGGUACUUAUGUAUGUUGUAAUGGUAGUCUUAUGUAUUUAUAAUCAAACAUUCUAAAUUUAUACUAAAAACAACUGAUAAUUAAAUUUUUAUCCAAAUAUUUUCUUAAAAUCACAGCCUUAAAACAGUAAAUGAGGGAAAAUGAUUUUUUGUAAAUACUAAUAUGAAUGAUGUAUGUGUAAAUAAAGAAAACUUGAAUAGCAUUUAUUUAUAAGGUUCUUGGUUAAGUUUAAA